CCCGCUCCUCGCCGCUCGGUCGCUCGGCCGCGUCCGAUUCUUUCCCCCGCGAUGUCGCGCCGCGCCGCGCCGCGCGUAUCCUCUUUCCCCGUCGAGCGCGUCGCCCGGAGCGGCCGCGUGGCAACGUGGGCGCCUUUGAAUCGUCCGGCGCUCGCGCCCUGCGUGCCGUGCGUGCGUGCGUAGGUUAUGUCGCCACGGCUCGUCCGCGGGGACGCCAACGGGAGAUGCCGAGCCUGGUCGCGUUCGGCAGACGAUGGAGGGUCGGCAGCGACGAUCUCGUGCUGCCCGGCGCCGUCCUGUGUCUCGUCCACCUGCUCGAGGACUUCUUCGUGGAUUCUCAGGUUGACAGUGUUGGGUGUUCUACUGGGGAUUCUCGAGUGGGAUCGUAGCGAUACCUGCAUUCUUCUCUUGUGGGAAUACGUGAUCGGAUACGAAGGUCUCUUCGCGGCCUGCAUGGCGGUGGAGUUCUCCAUCUGCUUCCUGGCGACGAGGGGCAGCAUCCUGGACACUACGGCGAGAGCGCCGAUGCAGUACAUCCUUUACAUCCGUCUGUUCCUGGUACUGGUGGAGAUCGGAUGGCUGUGCGCAGGUGUCACUUGGCUAGUGCGUUAUUACCAAACCUGUCCUGUGGACCAAGCUAAAGAUGUUAUGCUGGGUUUGGUGAUAUCGAACUGGUGCCUGCUGGCGUUGAUGAUGGUGACCAUUUGGUGCACAUACGACGCCGCUGGCAGGUCGUGGGUGAAGAUGAAGAAGUAUCAGCGCAGCAUGAGGGAGGCGGAAUCGAGGGGGGCAAGGUUGCAUUACAAGCGCAGCGGCAGCAGAAGUCGAAAUUGGCGACAACGAAAAGUCAUACGUGCCUACCAGGACAGCUGGGACAAUAGGUGCAGAUUGUUGUUCUGCUGCAUGGGUAAUUCCGAUCGCAAUCGAAACUCCUUCGCCGACAUCGCCCGGCUGCUGAGCGACUUCUUCCGCGACCUGGACGUCGUGCCGUCGGACGUGGUGGCCGGUCUGGUGCUGCUCAGGAAGUUCCAAAAAAUCGAGCGCGAGUUGAUAGUUAAGCAGCGCAAGAACGACACGUACGAGUUCCUGUCGGGAGUGCCGGUCACUCCGCGCACAAAGUUCCUGUCCCUGACGGAGGACGGCGACCUGGGUCACUUCCAGUUGGCCAUCCACUACAUGCAUUUUGCCCUCGCCGCCUACGGCUGGCCCAUGUUCCUCGUCGAUCCCUCCACUCAACUCUGUCAGUUAUGCACCAGAUUGCAAUGCUGUUACUGCCUCCCGUGCGGCACUCGUCACGAGGACACGGCGACGAUCGUCGAGGACAAUUGCUGCCGAUGCAAUUACGCCGCCCUGAGCAGAAUGCUCGACUUGGGGGAGAUCGAAGUCGUCUACGCGACCUUCCACGUCGACGUUGGCGAGACGCCGUUCUUCGUCGCGCUCGACUACACGAAGAGAAAGAUCGUGAUCAGCAUACGAGGGACCCUGAGCAUGAAGGACGUACUCACGGACCUGAACGCCGAGGGUGAGGUGCUGCCUUUGUCACCGCCGAGGGAGGACUGGUUCGGACACAAGGGGAUGGUGCAGGCCGCCGAAUAUAUACGCAAGAAGCUGCAGGAGGAGGACAUUAUCGCGCUAGCUCGUGCAAAGAAUUCCUCCAGGGGCACGCACCAGUUCGGGCUGACCCUGGUGGGGCACUCGCUGGGCGCUGGCACGGCGGCGAUCCUCGCGAUUCUGCUGAAGCAGGACUACCCGGACCUGAUGUGCUUCUCCUUCGGGCCACCCGGUGGACUGUUGAGCAUGCCCGCCCAGCAGUACACGCAGGAGUUCAUCACCUCCGUGGUGGUGGGCAAGGACGUAGUACCGAGAAUCGGACUUCGACAGAUGGAGAGCCUGCGGGCGGACCUCAUCAACGCUAUAAAAAGAAGCGUCGAUCCUAAGUGGAAGACAAUAGCGUGCUCGGUGAUGUGCUGCGGCUGCGGCUCGACACCCACGUCGGCGGCCAACCUGGAGGCCGGUGGUUGCAUCAGCGAAUACCAGCGGGACAAGGACCGGGCGCGCGGGCAGACCAUCGUACCCAGCGAUUCCAGCAUCGCCCUGACUCUGCACAGGCCCCUGUAUCCGCCAGGACGGAUCAUACACGUGGUGCGCCAUCAUCCGAACAAGGGCGAGCAGAAGUAUGAGACUCAUUGGAGACAAGUGUUGAACAAGCGCGAGCCGGUGUACCAGGCACUGUGGGCCGGUCCAUGCGACUUCGACGAGGUGCUCAUCAGCCCGGUGAUGAUACAGGACCACAUGCCGGAUAACAUGUUACGCGCGCUGAACAAGGUGUUGGCGUGCAGAGAUCGGGGCUGCGCAGAAGCGGUGUCAGCGACGGAGACCGAUGCUGUUGCGGCCAUCGCGGUGAUAGACACGGCGUCGACCGAGUUCAGGGGACAUCCCCUCGAUCACCAGCCAAACAUCGUGGCGCUCCACCAUCGGGGUACACCGGACGUCCGCGCUACCGCGCCCUCCUCGCGCCACGACACAAGACCGAGUCGUUGGGACGAUCCGACGCGCACGGCACCCCUGGCCACGCCGGAGACGCUGUCGGAGGCAUCGACGAGCAGUCCGCCGUCACCGGUGGUACCGGUGCCCAGGCCGAUGCGACGCACCCCGAAGAUCCCGGGAAACUUGUCGACGGCGGCGGACGACCUGAAGAAUAAUCUGCACUACGCGAUGCUCUCGGCGAAGAACUACUUCAUGAGGACGGGGGAGCACGCGGGAGGCAGUAACAACGGCAGCAGCAGCGGCAACAGCGAGGCGAGCUACGAGAGCGCCAGGAGCCUGGCUGCAGCUGGUCUUCCGCCGCCGGUCCCGAGACGACGGGACUCCGUUACCGCUAGGAGAGAACAACGGACGUGCACGGCAGCGUGUUGCAGGGACGAUUUGUCGGAAAACUCGUCGUCCCACACGUCUUCGCACUCCUCGAGAGCCUCCCAUACCUCGCAUCGCGUCCAAGUGGAGUUCAACGAGGAGAACGACGGUUCCAGCGUGGAUUUCUUCGAGGCGAAGGGUUCCUCCGGCCAGCGCGACAGCAGCAACGACGUCUUUCUCAGUGUGCGCAGUUCACCGGAGUGCAAAGGACUCAUGGCACCGGCCACGGAUCUAGGGGCCGAAUGGAAGAAGGGAAUCGAUGCCACUGGCGUGGGCGGCGACGCCUCGUUACCGCUUCUCCGAGGUCUGUCGCCCACGCCGACCCCCGGCCAGCACAGUUCGCCAUUUUUCAACGCCAAGCGGAAAAAGUACGUGUAUCCCAUUACACUGGUGGGACGAGGAGAGAGCAGCGUCUAGUUAUAGAUUCCACACACGGAUGCUGGACAUAGUCAACACGAUCGUGAAGACACUCUCCACUCGACAAACAAUCCGUAGCAAAGGAAAUAAAAUAACGGGAUCGCUCCGUGCGACUCGUGUAUGGUUUGAUUCUCUUUAACUUCGACUAGGUGAAAUGUUUAUUGCGCGCGAGGACUUUAGCUCAGCGAGUUGAAAUAAACCAAUCGAGGACCAUGAGGCACAGUAACAGUAGUCAGAAGUAGGCAUUUGGAUACAAGUGUGUGCCAAAUUCUUCUUCGCUCAUUUUCUCUGUCUCCUCAAGCUACGAACUUCUGAGACAACCAAUCCAAACACGGCGGUCUGAAAGACGCGUGAAAUAGGACGUAUUAAUGGAAUAUCUUUAAAAUAUGUCUCUGGAUUGGCCAUCUUCAAUUUACAGAUUCAGACAUACUUUCUUCAUUGUCUCGUCUUGAUACAAGUGUUUCGUAGCAACGCAUUUCUUCGAGGUAUUAGUUCGGUAAUCUUACUUAGUUAUUAAAUAAUAACUUGUUCGAACGAGAUUACUUAAAAAUAUUAUAUUAAUAACGAGAAGACAUUUGUGUGCACGUUCCUAAUAACAAUGUUGAACAAUAAUCGAAUGAUUAUUUGAACAACCGAUUGAUGACGCUAAACGUAAUUAUGCAAUAUGAAUUAUCCAUUUUUCGCGAGGGACAAUUUUCAAUUCCAUAUCAGAAACGCUAUUCCCCAAACUCGUCUAGUGUCCGAGAGAAAUGCAUUUCUGCAACCAGCUAUAACUGUUAGUCACGAUUGAAGUACGUAUACACUGCGGCACGUCGCAGUAACGGCCUAUUUUGUAUCAAUAUCGUUUAUCAAGAUCACAGUAGAAAUCACUCGUUUUUAUAUAUUUCUAAACUGUGGAUCUGUCGAAUAAAAGUUAAGUCUCGCAUAUAUUCUGUUCGAUGGUUUGAUAUAAUUUGUACUAUUCUUAGAACGUGCUUUAAUGUACGAAUCGAUACGACAUAGUAUAAUAAUUACCAGUACUUUUUGGUUACGCUCUAGUCAGGUUGCUCGAGUUUGGCAAUGAUACUCGAUGCGAAUACGAAUAAAGGAAUGUUUCGCGAAACGCUAUCGCGACUGUAAUGGUCUAAAGAAAACGCGACCGUCAAGCGUGCGAGGAUACACUUGAGAAUCUGAGUCGUGAUGUCGCUGUACUUAUGUAAAAAAAAAUGUAACAAAAAACCAGGAAUAGCACUAAGUGGCAUUUAAAUUCUAGUCGAUAUUAACGUAUGCUUAGAAAAUGUAACAUUUAUUGUAAUAUUUAUAGUAUCUUUAGAGAAAAUGCACAGAAUAUACAAUUAAUUUUAACAUAGAGCUAUUUAUAAGAAAUAAACGAUGAGAAAAAUCGCUACAUCUGUAUAUAAAGUAUAUGCAUACCAAGUGACCAUAGAACGACUACCAGAGAUGAUCGAUGUAAGCGGGAGCUCGGUGUCGCAAUGCCGUGCGUAACGAUAAUAAAUUAUUACAGCGAG